AUCACCUUAUUAACGAUAGACAGCUCUUUUUGCGUUACACAUUAAAAGUCAACUAGUCCAGUUAGCUUUGGUAUACUUCAGGUCCAUGACUAUAUAGGUGUUGCUAAAUCCAAUCCGACAAAAUGUCUCAGUCGAGGAUUACCAGUAUUAGUGGGCCAACAGCCUCACUGAAUUUUAUCGGGAUUCCGUACUCCGAUAUCGACAGAACAGGACACUGGGCUGUCUGGAGAAUUUCCAAAAUGUUUGAAGCUGCACGCUUGCUCUCACUUCUUGCUGGGUUCGUGGACUAUAGAAAAAUAGUUGACGAGGACCAUGCAUUAGCCAUUAUCAAGCAACAGUUGAAUUUAGAUCCUGAGUUACAAAGAGCGAGUUUAACACCAGCGAUGAAAUUAAACUUUGAUGUAGAACUUAUACAAUUGAAACAAACUUCCUUCACAAUAGUUACUAAUUUAAAAAAUGGGACCACAGGGAAAAUUCUUGGAGAAAAUUUUAUGAAAAUAGUAAGAAUAAAUCGGACAACGCGGCGGUCGUCUUCAUUUCCUGAAUGGUUUUACAAAAAGUAUGCAGCUUUCAUGAAUAUUCCUGGACAUCCAAGUACUGAAAAGGAAGAGUUACCAGAAAUUCCCAAGAAUGCUUAUAAAUAUGACGUCAUUCCAGGGCACAGCGACGAGGAUGUUAAUUGUCACCUGAAUCAAUCCUCAUAUAUUCGAUUCUGCAUGGACGCAGCAACGAGUGCAUCGUUGAAUGGGUAUUAUGAACAUUACACAAGAGAUAUGUGUUUAUACCCCUCAAUACAAUGGACUAUUAGUUAUGUGGGGGAGAGUAUUGCUGGUGAUCAGUUGACUAUAUUUACAUGGCAAAAAGAACACACUCCCGACAACAUACAAUUUGCUAUCGAACGAAAUGGCAAUCUAAUUUUCUAUGCAUCAACAAUAUUUGGUAAAAUCGCAAAAGAGAAAAUACAUUGGCACAAAUUGUGAAAACACAUUUUAUUUUGUGUAUUGAUUCAUUAUUGAAUAAAACAAUCUUUUUUUUUUGUCAAAAGGGUUCAACUGAAAUAUGAGAUCAAAUGGCAGAAAUUCUGCCAUCGGAAUGUGUAAAGCGCUAGAAUUAUUGACUUGCUCAGCUUAAUCAGAAUAUGUUUACGCUUUAUCCAGUUAUUGUGAGCGAUAAUAUGGAAAAGAAACAAAUUAAUAUAAUGAUAAAUAUCUUUUUUUAAAUGAAAAGAAAAUGAAAUUCAGAAGUACACAUCUUGUGAUUACACUCAUUAUAUGGUGAAAAUUAUUCUGAUACAAACAUUCUGAUUCUUAACUCAAGUGUAUUGAUGCAAAUAGAACAAAUUCACACCCCCUCGAAUUCGUAGAAUUUUUAAAUGUAUACAUGUAUAUUGAAGCAAAUAAAAAAUGCAAUAUGGGUUUAAAGAU